AUGUCGAAUUCAGUGAUAAACUUUUACGAUUCAAAAAAGAAACGUAUUAUUUUUCUUGAAAAACGAGUUCUUAAUGUAUUAAGACCAAAAAUUAUUCAAAUAAUUAUUGGAGAUAAUUCGACAAAAUUGAAAAUGGCUCCAGAAUGGUUUAAACCUGAAGAUCAAAAUGAAUCCUUAAAGAAUAUUAUUUAUCCAGAUGGAAUCAAUGAGAAUGAUCAACAUCAAUUUAAUACUAUAGCUCGAUAUCGUGCAGCUUCGAAAAAAUCCAAUAAUAACUUCAGUAAAGAAUUAUUCAUUCCUAAUGAAAGUAAUACAGAAACACUUAUUAUUGCGUUGGGCAAUUUUGUUCAACAGUUUGGUGGAGAAUUAAGUUUCACUAAUGAAGAUUUAACAUUUCAAGAACCAGCUCAUCGUACAGCAUGUGGAAUAGCUGAUUUAAGUAGUGCUCAUUUAUUAGCUACUGAUUAUAUUCCUACAGCUCAAUUUACUUUCAUAGUUGAUCUUAAUUAUCAAAUUGAUCUUUCUCGAUCAGAUCAAACAAUGCAAAAUUUUGUAUUAAAUUUUUCAAAUGCAAUUGCUGAAGUAUUAACAUGUCCAAAUGAUUAUAUUCGAGUUAUGUCUGUUGAUAAACCAGGUAAAACUCGAAAUCAAACAAAAGUCAAAUUUGGUCUCUCUACUCCGGAUCCAACUGAAACAGAAAAACUUGUUCAAGAUCUCAAGAUGAAAGCUCGAGAUGGUUUUCCACAGCAUCGAAUUCUUAAACAUGUUAAAAAACAUGAGUAUGAAUGUAAAUGGAAACCUCUCAUUAGUUUUUUUCAAUUGCAAACAUGUGAUUUCGCCCCAGAAUUCAAUAUCGAUUACACAUCCAGUAUGCCUACAAAAGAUAAACGUGGGGGUUUACCAUAUUACUUACCAAUUGGAUGGUAUCGCCAUGCACUUAAAGUUGACAAUAAGUAUCCUGAAGAUAAACUAUGGCUUGGCAGUAAUAAUGUUGACGGAGAAUGGCCGGUAGCUUUUCAUGGAACUCAUGGAGGCGCUGUCAAAGGUAUUAGAGAGAAAGGCCUCUUGAUCAGUCAUUUCGAUGCCAUGAAAGACGAAGCUGUUAAAGACAAAGGAACAUAUUUUGACCGACCAGGACUCUAUGUAGCCACACAUUGUACUGGUGGAGCACAUCCGGCGUAUACAAAACCAUUUACAAUUAAUACAUCAUCAACAACGACUGAGAAAUUUCGAGUUGUCUUUCAGUGUCGUGUUAAACCAGAUGCAUUUACAAUUCACGCAAAACCGGUCGCCACUGGUGAAGCUUGGCGUUUUGUUGAUCCCGAUGCUAUUCGUCCGUAUGGUAUUUUAGUUAAAAAUGAAAAAACACCGGAUGUCGAUCAACGAAAUGAAUCGUAA